AGACUCUUCAGUUUUACCUCUAAUGUUCAAGCUGAGUUGACCUGUCAACUCAUUAUUGGAUGACAGGAAUUCAGGGCCUCCAUCGGGUUCCUUUCUGUUACGGCAUUCAAUUUCAGAUACCCUGUGUCAAACAACUCCUCAUGAAGUUAGAAUUCACUUCAGUGUUUGCUUUCCUAUUUAUCAUAGUCAAUCUGUUUGCUUCAGCUGUUACAGACCUGAACUCGGAUCGACAAGCCCUUCUUGAUUUUGCAGCUGAGGUUCCCCAUCUAAGGAAACUCAACUGGAGCUCUACUAAUCCCAUCUGCCAGUCUUGGGUGGGCAUCACUUGCACAAAGGAUGAUACUCGUGUGGUUGCACUCCGGCUCCCAGGAAUUGGACUUGUAGGCCCUAUUCCAAACAACACUCUUGGGAAACUAGAUGCCCUUAGGAUUUUAAGCCUUCGAUCUAAUGUACUAACUGGUAGUCUACCUUCUGAUAUUGUCUCCCUUCCUUCUCUGCAUUACCUCUUUCUCCAACAUAAUAACUUCUCUGGUGACAUUCCUGCAUCCCUUUCACCACAACUCACUGUAUUGGAUCUUUCAUUCAAUUCCUUAACGGGAAACAUUCCGCAGAGCAUAAAAAAUUUGACCCAACUCACUGGAUUGAAUCUUCAGAACAACAACCUUUCUGGACCCAUUCCCACAUUAAAUGACACUAAGCUCAGGCACUUGAAUUUAAGCUACAACCAUCUUAACGGUUCAAUCCCACUGUCCCUUAAAAAGUUCCCCAAUUCCUCUUUUAUAGGAAACUCUUUCUUAUGUGGACCACCACUACAAGCGUGCUCCAUUAUUCCACCUUCUCCAUCACCUACUUCUUCUCCACCCCCUGUGUUACCCCGAAAAAAAAGCUCCAAACAGAAACUAGCAUUGGGUGCUAUCAUCGCCAUUGCUGUAGGAGGAGCCGUCGCACUAUGUUUUCUAGCUCUAAUUAUUUUAUUUUGCUGUUUGAAGAAAAAAGAUAAUCAAAGCAAUGGUGUAUCUAAAGGGAAGGCUUCUAGUAGUAGCAGGGGUGAGAAGCCUAAAGAGGAGUUUGGAAGUGGGGUGCAAGAACCAGAGAAAAACAAGCUAGUUUUCUUUGAAGGUUGCUCUUAUAAUUUUGACCUUGAGGAUUUAUUAAGGGCUUCAGCUGAAGUGCUGGGUAAGGGUAGUUAUGGCACAGCAUAUAAAGCUGUCCUGGAGGAAUCAACGACAGUAGUGGUUAAAAGGUUAAAGGAAGUGGUUGUGGGCAAGAGGGACUUUGAACAGCAAAUGGAGACUGUUGGAAGGGUUGGGCAACACCCAAAUGUUGUGCCACUUCGUGCUUAUUACUACUCAAAGGAUGAAAAGUUAUUGGUUUAUGAUUAUUAUUCAAGUGGCAACUUAUCAACACUUUUGCAUGGAAACCGGGGAGCUGGAAGAGCGCCACUUGACUGGGACACCAGAAUAAAGAUAUCCCUUGGGACUGCAAGAGGAAUCACUCAUGUUCAUUCCAUGGGUGGCCCAAAAUUCACUCAUGGAAAUAUUAAAUCCUCAAAUGUCCUUCUCAACCAAGAUCUUGAUGGUUGCAUCUCUGAUUUUGGCCUGACCCCUCUUAUGAAUGUUCCUGCAACUCCAUCUCGGAGUGCAGGCUAUCGUGCUCCCGAAGUGAUUGAAACUCGUAAGCACAGUCAUAAAUCAGAUGUGUACAGUUUUGGUGUUCUUCUCCUUGAGAUGCUGACUGGAAAAGCGCCACUCCAGUCUCCAGGCCGUGAUGAUAUGGUCGAUCUUCCGAGGUGGGUUCAGUCUGUUGUUAGGGAAGAAUGGACAGCUGAGGUUUUUGACAUCGAGUUGAUGAGAUUCCAGAACAUUGAAGAAGAGAUGGUGCAGAUGUUGCAAAUUGCCAUGGCUUGUGUGGCAAAAGUGCCAGACAUGAGGCCUAAUAUGGAUGAAGUUGUUAGAAUGAUUGAAGAAAUCCGGCAAUCUGACUCGGAAAACCGGCCGUCAUCUGAAGAGAACAAAUCAAAGGAUUCAAAUGUGCAGACUCCAUGAUUGUUUACAAAAUUUGUGCCUAAUUAUUUCAAGAUUCAGUAUUUUCUAUGGGGAGAUCAUAGUGAUGUUUUCUCAAGCAUUAUUUGGAACUUUGAUGCAUCUGUGGUGGCUUCGUACAGUGUGAAUCUGUUCAAUUGUGCAAUUUUUCUUAGGAAUGUAGGUUUAUUUUUUUCCUUUUUUUCAACUCAUUUGAUGGGUUUUUCAUUUAAAAAUUUGUUGUAAUAAUUUUCAUUUCAACUUUGUGAAUCAUUUGAUGACCUUCAAUCAAUGUUAGUUAAUCUGU